AUGAAAUCAAUAUUUUGUUUACCCAAGUGAAAGUUCUCAGAAUUCAAUUUAUCACAUAACUUACGCGUGAAAACCGAAAAGACACCCAUUUUAGUGAAACCUUUUUACAUACAAUCAUGCAUGGUUAUAAAAGUUGGAGUUUAUUUACUGCAAUAAUGAUUUCCACCUUGAUGGGGAAUUUCGAAUGUUCUAUACAUAAUAAUCUAAAGUAUUUCGAGACUAUACACGCGGACAGUCUUCAGCACAACAUUGUAAAACGCGGUGCUAAGUUGUCGAGCCAUCCGUUCAACACGAUCAAGGAACUGCAGUUCAAAACCCAUGGAAAAGACUUCCGAUUAAUUCUUCAUCCUCACAGCUCUGUUCUACAUUCAAAUUUUAAGGCUUACUCAGUUGAUGCUGAUGGGAAAGAAACUACUGUUCAUGUUGAUCGUAAUAAUUUCUACACUGGCAGAGUGUUUGGUGAAAAGUCAUCUGAUGUAAAAUUGCACUUGGAAGAUGGUGUUAUUACUGGAAUUAUACACACACCUCAUGAAACUUAUCAUAUAGAGCCCUCAUGGCGACAUCUGCCAGACCAUGAUGAUAAAACGAUGAUAACAUACAAGUCCUCAGACAUACGGUUCAGCUGGUCUGAUGGUCAAACUGGCAACAAACCCAGGGUCUGUGGAUAUGUUAAGGAAGGAAAAGAGUUAGAAGAAGAUGAUAUAGAAGUUUCAAGGCAUGAGCAAUCAGAAAAAGACAAAUAUUUAAACCAGACCAUCACCAGUACCCAUAAUGGUGAUUCACAUAAUGGCAAACUGAGGGAAAUGAAAAAUGAAGAAAAAGAUGGCAAUCAUAAGAGGACUAAAAGACAAAGUGACUAUGAGUACACUCCUACAAAAACUAGGUGUCCCUUAUUGCUAGUUGCAGAUUAUAGAUUUUUUCAAGAAAUGGGUGCCAGUAAUACCAAAACCACCAUCAGUUAUUUGAUUAGCCUUAUAGAUAGAGUUCACAAGAUUUACAAUGACACAGUGUGGCAAGACAGGCAGGACAUGGAUGGAUUCAAAGGCAUGGGUUUUGUAAUAAAGAAGAUCCUGGUCCAUUCUGAGCCCACUCGGGUCCGUGGUGGUGAAGCACAUUACAACAUGGUGCGAGAGAAGUGGGAUGUGCGUAAUUUGCUUGAGGUGUUCAGUCGCGAGUACUCGCACAAAGACUUCUGCCUGGCGCAUCUGUUUACCGACCUCAAAUUCGAAGGAGGUAUCCUAGGCUUGGCGUACGUAGGUUCGCCUCGACGUAACUCUGUUGGUGGCAUCUGCACUCCUGAAUACUUCAAGAAUGGAUACACAUUGUACCUAAACUCUGGAUUGAGCUCGUCCCGAAAUCACUAUGGGCAGCGCGUCAUCACGCGCGAAGCCGACCUGGUGACGGCGCACGAGUUCGGGCACAACUGGGGCUCCGAGCACGACCCCGACGUGGCCGAGUGCUCGCCCGCCUCGUCCCAGGGCGGCUCCUACCUCAUGUACACGUACAGCGUCAGCGGCUACGACGUCAACAACAAGCGGUUUUCCCCAUGCAGCUUGCGAUCGAUUCGCAAGGUGCUUCAAGCAAAGUCCGGGCGAUGCUUCUCCGAGCCCGAAGAAAGCUUCUGCGGCAACCUACGAGUGGAAGGUGGCGAGGAGUGUGACGCUGGAUUAUUAGGUACGGAAGACAAUGAUAUGUGCUGCGAUAAAAACUGCAAACUGAGGAAAAACCAAGGCGCCGUUUGCAGCGACAAGAACUCGCCUUGCUGCGCGGGCUGCGUGUUCGCGCCGCCGGGCGUGGUGUGCCGCGAGGCCGCGCACUCCGCCUGCGAGGGCGAGGCCACCUGCAACGGCGCCUCCGCAGACUGCCCCAAGGCGCCGGCGAUCGCGGACGAGCACGAGUGCGCAGAACGCGGGCGCUGCCGCAACGGCACGUGCGUGCCCUACUGCGAGACGCAGGGCAUGCACAGCUGCAUGUGCGACAUCGUGGCGGACGCGUGCAAGCGUUGUUGCCGCAAAAGUCUAAACAAGACGUGUUUCCCGGUGGCCCACAACGACAUACUGCCGGAUGGCACGCCUUGCAUUCAAGGAUUUUGCAACAAGGGGGUCUGCGAGAAGACUAUCCAGGAUGUGGUGGAACGUUUCUGGGACAUCAUCGAGGAUAUCAACAUCAAUAACGUGUUAGGGUUCCUGCGGGACAAUAUCGUCGGCGUAGUCGUGCUGGUCACUGCCUUCGUUUGGAUUCCCGCCAGUUGCGUGAUAAGUUACGUAGACCGCAGAAGGCAACGCCAACACCAGAAGUACCUCGAGUGGGAGAGACAACACGACCUCGUGCACCCUUCGUCUCCACGGAAAAUUAUACACACUAGACUACCAAAACAGAAACCUCCGAGUAUGAAAACGGUGAUUCAAGGCACAAGUCAAAUUUAGACUAAGAACUGGACCUUAUUUCGAAUAAAUUGUUUGAUUUUA